UCUACAACUUUCUUUCUCAUAAAAACCUCCCUACACACACUAAGCCAUUAGCUUCACCCAAAACACAUUUAUAUUUCCAACAUGAAAAUCACAUCUGUCAUCCUUGCUUUGUCUGCCGUCGUUGCCAUGACCCAGGCUGUCGCUCUUCCCCCUCUUAACAACGACGUUGCACCUGCGGAUACCGGAGUUGUUGGUGCCCCUUUCAAUGUGGUUCCUACUGAGCUCAGCGAAGUUCUUAAAAAGCGUCAUAUCACCGCCACAGCUGAUGUCGAUGUCAAGGCCCAGGUCGAUGCUCUCGUUGCUGUGGUAGCUGAUCUCGCUGUCGAUGUUAAGGCUGAGCUUUAUGCUUUUAUUGCUGCUCAAGUUGAUGCCAAGGUGAAGGCCGAUGUCAGCCUUGCUGGCCUUGUCGAUAUCCGCGCCAAGGUGGAUGCCGCUGUCAAAGCCACCAUCGAUCUUUACUUAGGUCUUGAUGUCAAUGCCGAUAUUCGUGUUGCAUUGGCAGCUAUUGUCAAUGCUCACGUCGGUGCCAAUGUUGAUGUUGACCUCAAUGCCAUCGCUGUUGAUGUUGACCUCAAUGCCAUCGCUGUUGAUGUCAGAGCCUUGAUUGAGGCCCGCAUCAACGCUUUGGUCGCUCAUGUUGAUGCCAAGGUCCUUGCCGCUGUCUAUGCUGCCAUCGGAGCUUCUGUCAAUGUUGCUGUCGGUGUUGAUCUUGACAUCGAUGUCCACGCCGAGGUCAAGGCUCUCCUUGCCGAUAUCAAUGUUGAUGUCAUUGUUGCCGCCCUUAUCAAGGCUUAAAGAACCACUCCAGAGAAAUCACCCUUAUCUUAGAAUCUACAAACCUCUCUAAUUUUCAUUUUAAUUUAGCUUGUACUUAUAUAUAAUUAUCUUCUAUCCGCCCUCUCAAAAAAAAAAGGCCUCUUCUCUUUUUUGCAAUGCAUUUAAGAAAAAAUAGCUUAUUGUUUUUUUGUAAUACAAAAAUUAAUCUAAUCC